AUUGAUUACUAUUAUUAAAUACAAUAAGAAUAUUAUAAAGAUAUAAAUAGAAAUUUUAAUAUUAUUGAGGGCACACGAUGACAACUUAUACAACGGAACGAUACUAUUAAUAAGUAUAGUAAAUCUAAUUAGUCAUGGUCUAAUUAUUAUUGAGAGGCGCUGAUUGGUUGUCUCCGAUGUGGCAAUCACAACGAAAACUAUAAAGAUACUACCUAACCAUCGGCCCAAUUUUUGUCGAUGGUCCUGUCACAAGAGUGACAGCAGCAUCUGUAAACUUGUCCAUAAAAAUUACGAAUAUUGCCUCCAUAAAUCCGUCACGUGACUAAAAGCUUGAAAAUUGCAGACAUAUACAAUCAAAAUAAAAAAGGAAAAACUGUAACAAUUUAGACAACAGUUUAAACGAUUUGAUACACCACUUUCCAUAUUUUUCCACGUCACAGACAUAUUAUUCGUAUUAAAAAAUAAAGGAACAUUGUGUGUGAAUAUUUAAAACUUUUACCAAAAAUGGCGGGUUACAUGCCACCGAUUCACAUGCCAUUGGAGUCAAAAUGGCGACAUUAUCCAACGUAUAUCUACGACAGAAAUUACAGCUAUGGUAUAAAUUACUAUCAGCCAAUGAUUGAUUACAUAGAUACCAAACAACGCAUUUCGAGAUCAACUCUGUCAAAAUUUGAAAGAAGAAUAGAGUUGCCCGAAUUACCCUGGUCUGAUGGUAGCGUCUUAUGGGAGGACAAAAGGGUGCAACCCUAUACAAAAGACAAUCUCAUUAAAUACGCGAUCAACGCCGAAGACGAAGCCAGAGAUCACCUGUCUCGCUUUAAGAUAGCAAAUCGUUCGGACUUCAGCCUGGCCAAGACCGUUCACGCCAGUCGCGUAACCAAGGAUAUUCUGCCACGGACGGGAGAGAACCUGAAGAGAUUACCGAUGCCGUUAAUGUUCGCCAGCGCUCGCGCCCGCAGUGAGGCCAAGCAGAUUCAGCAGGAGACGAUAAACGAUAUUAAGAUGCAAGCAUUGAAGGACGUUCAGGUGAUGACUGAAGGACAGGAUGUACUGGAGCAUGGUAGAAGUCUGCGGGGAAAAUCCGCGAGAGCGAUAGAAUACCAGCUGAUGACAGAGACCCUGAAGAACUUAUCCAAGAGCCAGGAGUUGGCCGACAUCCGAAAGUUCCAAAGGGAGACUGUGCAUACUUUCUCAGACGACAAAACGCAUGCUAGACAGAUAGACAAAAGGACCAAGGUUCUGCUCGACGAGGAUAAGCUGAUGCAACCGCUUGAUAGGCUUAGCAAAGAGCUGCGCGGAUUUGAGCAGAAAUCCAGCAAUUAUUUUCUAGAUAAGAGGUACCGAGAUCGGGCAAGGCGAGAGCUUUUAGAUAAAUGUCGAGGAUGCGAGUAUUAUGUUAAACGUGCUAGAUAGAUAAGAGUUGUGUCUUUGCGAGUUCUUGCAGAGAAAAUAGCACAGAAAAAUUAAAUAUCUUAAUUCUUAGGAAGAUAGAAAAUUCUUAGAAAUGCGUGAAAAAUUAAAAUAAACGAUUUCGAUAAGCAUUUCAUUUUGUGUCUAGCAAGAAUUUAUCACUUUUAUACUCCUUAUAUUUUAAUACUUCCUUGUUCCAUACAAUUAUACAUAUUUUUAAUAUUAAUAUUAAUUUUCAAAAACAGAAAAAUAUUCCAAAUAAAGGUUAUUAUUUUAUUUCAAAUUCUGAUUCUCUUAAGUGAUCGUGCAAAAAUGAAGCAGCCAAAAAUUAAAUCCCAGGUUGGAUAAGGUAAAUUGAUGAAAACUAAGAAAUAAUAAAAGUAGGAGAAAAUAUUAAAAAAUACGGAAUUGUUUGAAUAAUUAGGAAUAACUAGUAUAGUACUUAAGUGUAACUAUAAAAAAUUUCU